ACAAGUUUUUGAGCUGUUUCCGCUCUACUUCCUGAACUCCUCCCGUCGAUGCAAUCCACUUCCGUUCUGGCGGGCUGGGUUUGUUUUGCUAGCUAGCUCCGUUGUGCCGACAAAGCACUGAUAUCGCAGUGACAAAGAGGAUAUAACAGUCAAUUACAAUUACAACAUGAAGAAAAGUGGUUCGGGAACGACGUGUGCGGUAGUUGGUUGCAAAAACUCGAGAAAGCACCUGAACGAGUGGUUAGAUAGAGAGUGCUACGACCACAAACCAGCUACGAAAAGGCAAUGUCCAUGCGCUCCAUUGUUUACAUUUUUUCGCAAGCCUGAUACCGACUCGGAAUCAAGGGCCUGGCUGAAGGCAUUGAAUCUAAAGAAACCACCCCUCAACGUUUUUGUUUGUUCCUAUCACUUUGUUGACCAAAAACCUACCAAGGAUAAUCCUUUCCCAGAGUUGUGGUUGGGAUACAACCGCCCUCCCCAGCCAAAGAGGCGUCAACUCACCCAGCGGACCACUGCCUCCCCCCAGAUAAAGAAACGCAGAUUUGAAUCUGAGGGAGAUAUUGCUCACCGCUUCAAUGUGUCUACAUCCAUGGCAAGCAUUGUGAUUAGUCACUGGAUUGACGUGAUGGGUGAACAGUUCAAAGUCCUGAUCCCCUGGCUUCCAAGAGAGACCAUUCGUGCCACCAUGCCCUUGUCGUUUCAGAGGAACUACCCUCGAACCACCUGCAUCAUUGACUGUGCCGAAAGUGCCAUGCAGAGAGCCACAAACCACGACUCAAGGAGUGACACUUUCAGCCAGUAUAAAUCACGCAACACUGUGAAAUAUCUCGUUGCUGUGGCCCCUAAUGGGCUAAUCAUGUUUAUAUCUGAUGCUUAUGCUGGCAGAAGCAGUGAUAAGUUUAUCACCAUGGACAGUGGGUUCCUAGACUAUCUGAGGGCUGGUGAUGAGGUCAUGGCGGACCGUGGGUUCACCAUUCGAGACUUGCUUGAUGAGAGAAGGGUCAGUUUGAACAUCCCUGCUUUCACCUACAGGCGCAAUCAGUUGACCAAUGAGGAGACGACACGCACCAGGCGAGUAGCCAAUGUCCGCAUACAUGUGGAAAGAGCACUCCAGAGACUGAAGGUGUUUAAGAUUUUAUCCCGGACUGUUCCCAUCAGCAUGGCACCGAAACUGGACAACAUCUUAACCAUCUGUGCUGGCCUAGUUAACCUGAGGAGUCCACUGAUCAGUGAGGUUUAGAAUCUUGCCCUGUGUCCCUGUCUAACAACA